AUGUAAAGAGACCUAAUGUAAAGACCCAUACCCACCAGGUAUUAGAAUACAAUAUCUUGAAUGUUCAUGUCAAAUCGUUGUUAACAUCUAAAUCGUUAAAUGGUCACAAUUUGGCAAUACGGCAAAGAAAUUUGAAAAGCAUUGUAAGAGGCAAGAAAGAUACCACAAGAAAAGAUAAGCAGAAAGUGUACGAAGAACUAAAAGGUGUCAUAAAAGCAAUCAGACAAUUUCUUAAAUGUAAUGACGGUAAUGUUGAAUCCAAUCAAAACAACGAAGUUACUCCAAAUAAUAAUCCUAUUGAAGAAAAUCUCGAUGCUACUAAACCUAUAGACAACACUGGCAUUGACGAAAAGAAUAAUAAAAAGAAAGACUCCAAGAAAGAUAGCUUGAAAAAACCAAAAAAAUCUAAAGAUUUGAAUAAAUCUAAAACAAAGAACUCGCGCUAUAGAAUAGCUGCAUUUCACACGUUCUUCUCGAACCAUUGGAAUAAUUUUAAAUGCGCUAUAAUGCCUUGCACUGCCCAGAAUAGAUCAGACAGUCCCCUAUCAAAAGAGAAAAAAAAUCAUAAACGAAGAAAAAAACGGAAAGAUAGCAUUGACUUGAAUGAAACGGACGUAGAAGAAUGUAUUGCGAGAAAGGAUAUUAAACAUACAAGAAACCUUAGAAUAUCAGCAUUUUUAGCUGAAUGGGAAUGGACCAAAAGGGAUUAUAGGAAAGAUAAGGAAUGUGAAGGAAAUGAUGAUUCUUUUUCUUUACCGAUGGCCCUCCAAUAACGACCAAUAAGAUCAUCGGUAUGGUUCAACUAAAAAAUUUGCCAUUUCAAUGGCGGGAGGCACCGCACGCGCAAAGGAACGGUCCCAAAAUAAAAAUUGUUCAGCAAGAUAAAAAAGAAAAGCCAGAGAAACUAGAUAAAAAGGACAAAAAGGCCCCAUGUCCCAUCACACACCAGUCCGACAAAUAUUUAAAGAUAUUCACGCCUCUACCCAAACAUAAACCGGAUAAACCUAAAAAGGAUAAAAAGAAUAAAAAAGAAAAAAAAGACAAAAAGGACAAAAAAGAUAUACUAAAAGCUCCAUGUCCCAUCACACACCAGUCCGACAAAUAUUUGAAGAUAUUUACGCCUUUUUCAAAACUUGCAGAAAAGGUCUGCAGCAAGAAAACUGUAGAAAAAGUUCGCAACAAAGUGAGCAUCGUGCCAACGCCACCUUCUCUACCACAUUCCAGUUUCUUGCACAAAAUGAUGAGUUCCUUGAACCUUGCUCGAGACAAAAGUUUUCCUAGAGAUGAAACUUCAAUUUGCUUAUCGAAACGAGCUAGUUUCUAUCGGCAGUUCACUAAAGAACUGACUCAAAACUCUGACGUCAUGGCCACUGACAUGUUAUUCAAAAAUGAAAAUUUCUCAAAUGAUUUUGCAGAGGACCCCUCCGAGUUCAUUGCAACUUCCAAAUUUGCAUUUAGCGACAACUUACUGGGAUCAGAAUUAAUCAUUUCUCGAUGUUCCAAAACUAAGAAGAAGGUUUCCAAACGCUGCAAAUGUGGGGCUUACGAUGAUCUGCAGAAGAAAUGGGCUCAUGUCAAACAAUGUUUAUCGGAGUCAGGGUGCAAAAACCCACUCGGGUUGAUGAAGAAUUUCUGCUCCUCCUUAUUUGGUCCGUCUUGUACCAUCGAAACGUGUCCAAAUAAAAAGAAAAAAUGCAAAGAAAGAAAGCCAAAACCGCCAAAACCGCCGAAACCGCCGAAACCGAGGAAACCAAAAAGACCUAAGAAGACGUGUGAAAUGAGAAAAACUUGUGUUACACAAACAGAAAGAUCAUGCAGACCUGCGAAGCCAGAGGCCGUUCAAACUCAGUGUUGUAGAGACAAUGAGACACAGAUGACUCAGAAAUAG